AUGCGCCGCGUGCCCCCGCCCGCGUGGACGGCUGCCGCGGCGGAGAUCCUGGUCGCGAUUGGGGGGCAGCACGAGCUCGCCGCGCUGGCAAACGCAGCUGGGCAGACACCCGAGGAACUUUUGGGCCCGGCUUGCCUACGCCGACACCGCUGCGAGACGCGCUGCCCACUUGCAAACGCCAGGGCCAAAAACUCUGAGCAGCGCGGGGCCCGAGGCGCCGCCGAGGCAAUGCCGGACACACAAACCCCCGCCACAGGGAAUGCGAGGGUGGCAGGGCCAACGCUCCGCAAUGCCAACCGGUCUCGCCGCAUCACAGGGAGGUUCUAUGGAAAGGAGCGGGGAGCAGUGGUGGCCAUACAAGGCUUGGUGCACAGCCGGCGUUUGCCCCGUCUCGUGGAGUGGCCAGUGGAGUCCUUGCUGCUGGGCGUGGUCUCGGCCAUGACCCCGGGCGACGAAGACCUACCGCCAUCACCAGGCCCGGCCCAGCGCGAGCAUGGCUUCGCAGGGAAAGCAAAGGCGGCAAGGGAGCCACGGCGCAGCAAGGGGAGCCACUCCAAGGCGGACACGGAGGUACCGGAGCUGGCCAGGGCGGAAAUGCGCCUGGCAGAGAUGGAGGCCAUGCAAGGCUCAUCGAGGCCUGGCACACGCGACCGCGACUCGGAAACCGCUUCGCAGAGCUCGCGUCAGCUUCACGCUCCUGGCGCGCCGCCCAUCACAAUCAUCCGUCUCCUGCACGCUAACGCGGAUUGCGAGCCGCACGACGCAGCUGCGCUAGCCCCGGAGGUCGCCCGUGCCACGCCGCAACUCUCCGCGCUCCCGGCAGAGGCCCCGUCGCCAUUGUCGGCGGCCGUGCUGGUGUGCAUGACGGCCGACGGCUAUCUCAGCGCUCCAGCUCGGUCCGCUUUGCUCGAAGCUGAUGGAGGUGCAGCCCUCGCAGCGGACGCGCAAGCGCGCGCGGAUGACGUGCGCGACAGCUUCGCGUUGAGGCUCGACCGGGCGAGCGCGGUUCCGACAUGCACGGCGGAGGCGGACGCAGCUUGGGGGGCGCUGGAUGCGGUCGAUCUCACAGCAGAACUCCGCCAUCCCGUGCCGACGCUGCAGGACGUUCCGCCGUUCCUUCGAGCAGCCGUUCGCGGCUCCCUGGUGAAGGCGCUAACUCACUUGCACGCGGCGCUCGUGGAAGGCGAGGCACAAAGCUCGGCCGCAAGUCGAGCCUGGAAACUGUUCCUUGUCGCCCCGCGUAUGCUGUUGGCACGCCCCGAACACCAGGGCGCGCAAGGCCGCGCAAUACUACCCGCCAGAGCGCAGCCAUUCCAGCGCGGAGAGUGGACCCAACUGCUAGCAGCUGCGCGGCCCCGCUGGCGUCCUGAAACGGCGCUCGGGCUCCACGUUGCGGUUUUAGCGGAGCGGAAUCGCGAACGCGCCUGCACCAAAGUCCGCCAAGGCGACAUUUCCCGCGCCAGGCACGUCCUCACGGCGGCCGAGCUAGCUCGCGAGGCACUGCCGCAGCUGCUCCAGAGCAACCUGCAUGCGGGGCAGCUGGCCUUUCUGGAAUGA